AUGCUCUUACUAAACCUAAACCACAAAGACGAGAUAAUCUCUAUCUUAUCCUUCCUGGGAGGAGACAGAGUCAAAUCAAUUGACAACAAAAGGAGUCACUCGUGGCACACUGACUAUAUUCCAACUUCUCUGCAUCAAUGCACUCACUACCUUCUAGCAAAGAUCUCCUGGAUUAGCCAGUACCACGGGAAGGGACAAGAACGGACACAGACCUUCACGCACGGGCCAAGUCACAGAAAGAAGAAAGAGCCUCGACAAGAGGCAAAGCCAAAGAAAGAGGUUUUUAUUCCUAACAGGCCAAUAGAACAGGCGCCGAAAGCAACUGGAGUUGAAAGAAGGGGCAAUAACCUUGAUUAUCUAUUCUAUCCCGCAAGGCCGAGAUUAGUGAUUCUCGUCGCUAAGCGAAGACUCUAUCAUAAUCAUAACAGAGUAGCGUACCAAACCAAAGGGAAGUCCCUUCGGAUCAAAGGAAGGGGUCAGACUAGCAACGGACGAAGCGGGUUCUUAGCUGCCGUUGCUUGGGCGCUAGGGAUUGGUCCUGAUGGCAAGGAUUCACUUGAUUGCUUUGAGCUCCCUGGGAAUGGAAAUGCAGAUGCAGAGGCUGCCUCCCAAGCAUUUUAUCCUGGAACAGAAGACAUUAGAUCCAGCUUUGGGCUCAGUACCUCCAUUAGGUCACUGACUCCCAUUUCCGUUGAUUGGACAACCGGCCUUAACGGCGCUCCCUUAGCUUCUCUCGUUGGGAAGCAUUUGAGGGAUGGAGCUUUCAUUUUGGUGACCAGCAUUGGAAUGGGAUCGGGCGGGCCCGGUGAAAGAGAUGGAAUGGGAAAUGGAGAUGUUGAAGAGGCGGGGCUCCUGUCAUCCGGCAAUGCAAGACCCACUCCAGAUCGAUGCCUCUUGGUCAGACCAUUUCCGUAUACUGAGAUUGACGACAUAGCGAGAACACCGAGAUCAUUCCCCUCACCUCCCAUCACAGAGCAGGCUUCGAAAUCUUCCAUAUGUCUCUUGGAACACCACAGCUAUCCAGGAACGAAUGAUAGAAGGGAAUGUCAGGUAGGCUUGCGAAGUUAUGAGAAAGAUAUUUAUCCUCCUAGAGGGGGAAACAUUGACUUACAUGAGGAAGUGAGGGGACUCAUAUACGGAUUAACAACUCAUGCAUUCCUGCUCAAGGAAGGGAACCAUUUCCAUCUAUAUAAGUAUUUGCAAUGGAAGGAGAAGGGGGUUGCUAAGGUCCAUUCCCGCUGUCAUUCCUCUGUCGGGUAUAGAGGUUCAGUUAAAGCUUCGGGUGGGAAAGAGAUUCGCUCGUUGUCGUGUAUCCCAUUGCGCUUAUUACAGUGGUUGACAGUGGCUUAUGUAAGUGUUGCCCCUGGGCUCCGGUGA